CUUUUGUCCGACCUUGUCACUUACCCUGUUCUUCCUGUAAAGCAGGUUUGGGCUUCCACUCUUGAGGAUAUCCAAGGUCUAUCUACGCCAAGGUCCACGCGUGGAAUUCCCUUAUCUGCAUAUCGGGUCCCUCUCUAGUUCUUCAACGAUCUCCAUAAGAACUCAAUUGGCACGCCCCCCUCCGGUCGAACACACCUCCUAGAAAAACCUGUCGCGAUAUCGGCUCAUUCUCCGCCUUCCUUCCCUUCCCUUAAUCAAUACACUCCUUUUCUAGCUAUGGAAGGCCAGGGCGAAAAUGAUGAGCUCUACCCUGUCGCCGUUCUGAUAGAUGAACUGAAGCAUGAGGAUGUCCUCCUCCGUUUAAACGCCAUCCAUCGCCUAUCCACGAUUGCUCUGGCCCUUGGCCCGGAACGAACGCGGGACGAAUUGAUCCCUUUUCUUGAUGACUCUGUCGAAGAUGAAGAUGAAGUUCUGACUGCGCUUAGUGAGGAGAUGGGUAAUUUCGUCGACUAUGUUGGUGGGCCGGAAUAUGCACAUAUUCUCCUAUCUCCCCUAGAGAAUUUGGCUGCAAUUGAGGAACCCUUGGUGCGAGAAAAGGCGGUUGAAUCCCUCAACAAAAUUUGUGGCCAGCUUUCUGCCAAGCAAAUCGAAGAAUAUUUCAUACCCCUCACCGUGAGCCUCUCGAAGGCGGACUGGUUCACCUCCAAAAUAUCUGCCACAGGCCUCUACAGUGCUCCAUAUUCCAAAGCCUCCCCAGCUUCGCAGCAAGGUCUUCGACAGCAGUUUGGACAUCUGGUCCACGAUGAUACUCCUAUGGUUAGACGCCAGGCGGCAAAUAACCUCGCUAAGUUUACCAAGGAGAUGACCACGCAAGUAAUCAUAGAAGAAAUAAUCCCUCUCUUCCAAUACCUUGCAAAUGACGACCAGGAUAGCGUGCGACUAUUAACAGUGGAUAUCUUGAUUUCAAUCUGCGAAGAGAUCCCAAAAGAACAGCAGUCAAGUCACGGUGUCCUUUUAACCGCGCUGCGAAGUUUAUUUGAAGAUAAAAGUUGGCGGGUUAGGUACAUGGUUGCUGAUAGAUUUGAGAAGAUCGCAAAAGCUGUUGAUGACGAGGUGCUGAAUCGGGAUCUAGUUCCUGCUUUUGUGAAGUUGCUGAAGGAUACUGAGGCAGAGGUCCGCACAGCAAUCGCCGGACAGAUUCCUGGUUUCUGCGAGCUGCUGGAUAGAGACACCCUUUUGAAUGAAAUAAUGACUAGCAUCGAAGACCUCGUGUCUGAUCCUUCCCAACAUGUGCGCGCCGCGCUUGGUACACAAAUCAGUGGGCUGGCGCCAAUACUUGGCAAGGAGGAAACUAUUGCACACCUACUCCCUAUGUUUUUACAAAUGCUGAAAGAUGAAUUCCCCGAUGUACGCCUCCACAUUAUAUCCAAACUGGAAUUGGUCAAUAAAGUUAUUGGUAUCGAGCUUCUAUCCCAAUCCUUACUCCCUGCGAUUGUACAGUUGGCGGAAGAUAAGCAAUGGCGUGUCCGUUUGGCCAUCAUCGAAUACAUCCCCCUUCUUGCGAGUCAGCUUGGCGUAAAGUUCUUUGACGAACAGCUCAGUGCACUUUGCAUGGGCUGGCUUGGGGACGCCGUAUUUUCCAUUCGCGAGGCAGCCACUCAGAACCUGAAGAAACUGACCGAAGUGUUUGGCGUGGAAUGGGCGAAAAACUCUAUCAUUCCAAAGGUCAUAUUGAUGGGCCAACAUCCAAACUACCUUUACAGAAUGACAACUUGUUUUGCCAUUUCCACACUCGCCCCAGCCGUCAACCUCAACAUAAUCGAGACCUCCAUCCUCCCGAUUCUGGAGCGACUUGUCGGCGAUGACAUCCCGAACAUCCGUUUCAACGUUGCAAAAUCUUAUGCUGUAAUGAUAGAUACCCUCCAACGCCUUCCCGCAGAAGGCACGUUGGCCGAACUCGAGAAAUCCGGCCAUGCAAGCAGUACUCCGGGCCCGCGCAACCACGCCAUCGUACAGCAACAGAUUCUUCCAAAUCUUGAGAAAUUGCAGCAGGAUGAUGAUGUCGACGUGCGAUAUUUCGCUACCACAGCUGCAAGCAGCUUUUCAGAAGCCAUGCAAACAUCCCCAUGACUUUCUCCCAACGAAUUUGAAAAAAGAAAGAUACAUUUCAAAUAUCGCAACCUUCCACACCCACAGCACGGCCCUUUCUUUGUUUUAAUCAAUGGCUGACUAAAUACAUUAUUCUCAUGCAUGCUUGUGUUGCUGCCUCUUCCUCUCACAUUCGCGCUGUGCUUUAUGAAUUCGUUGACUUAGAGAAGCCACUUUCCCUUUCCUUUUUUUUUUCUAUAAUUGCUUGCGAGGAAGAUACAGACCCAAACCCAGUAAUCAACCUAGCUUUUCUCUCACAUUAUUUCUUACGAAAUGGGAAAAAAAGGGGCGGAAGAAACCAUGUGGAGAAGACAUGCCCAAGUACUUGGAAAAAUUCCUUUUUACCUUCUUAAUUCUUUCUCUUUAAUGUCAGGUUAGAAAGUGGAAAUGGAAAUCACCAUGUGCCCUUUGACCAGUAAGUAAACAGGCAAGUAUUGAAAACAUUACGAUCAUCUUUUUCUCCCUCUUUUCUCCUAACCCCUUUGUGUUGUUCAUUUUCAUCCUUCCCAAGUCAUCGUAUUUCCUACCCCCUCGCGCACCGCACACCCUUACUCCUAUUCCCCUUUCUUUUUAAACCCCCCAGAUGUAGAGUACCAAGGACCUCUCUUUCUAUCCGUCUUUCAUGGGCGUGUGACAUCCUAUUAAGUUGCAAAGACAUACGCAUUGAAAGGAGGCAAAACGGUAAAAAGGGAGAGAGGGAGAAAUGAUGAGGGCCCAAGGUGGACAAAAGAAUCAAGCAGAACAAGAUGUAAGAGAGCAGAGAGCAGAUAGAUAAGACAAGAAAUCAAUUAAUUCAUUUUCUUUUCAUUCUCUUCUCCUCG